AUGUGGGCGACCAGCGUGGACCCGAGGGACAAGUUUAGUGUAGCGCCUGGACUUUUGGCCCGCAUCGCACGUGUGGAAUCCAAUAUGGUCCCUACGUUGGUCCAACUGGCGGGUUCAUCGUGCGGGAGCGUGUCCACCCGGCGCUCGUGGUGGUUCCAGAAUCUGUGGAGAGACGCCACAGGAUUGAUCGUGGGCGGGCAGCCGGCGACCAAGGGGGAGUUCCCCUUCAUCGUCGCAAUCAAAGAAGGACAGGAUUUCAAAUGCGGAGGGGUCAUCAUCAGCAAUCGUUACGUCCUCACUGCCGCCCACUGCUACAGCAGCACUUCCAAGCUCGAGGACUUCGCAGUGACGGUGGGAGAGUACGACAUGUCCACUACCAGCGAGGGCACAGAUCAGAAAACGUUUGGCCUUCAAAGCGUCAAGAAUCACGAAUCUUGGGUUGCUACCAAACCAGAAAAUGGAUACGACAUUUCCCUCUUCAAGCUGAACGGAGACAUCACCUUCGGCAAGUACAUCCAGCCCAUCUGCAUCCCGUCCUCGGACUCAGAAUCCACCCUGAGAGCCAGCACGAAAACCGUUUAUGGAUGGGGAUACCGAUCCAAUUCCGAUUCCACGCCGGCCACGAUCCUGCAGAAGCUGAACGUGAAUCUAACCUCAGAGAGCAUUUGCAAGAGCAGCGGAAAAAUCAACGGACCGAACGGCAGCAUGCUUUGCUCCGUGGGUGAUGGCGUUGGCGGAAUCUGCUCGGGUGACAGUGGAGGACCUCUGGCGACCAAGGACGACAAGGGGUUCUUCUAUUCUUUCGGGAUCGUGUCCUACAAUACGCAAAUAGAUUGUGGGAUCGAGGGCUAUCCGGACGUCUACACGCGAGUUUCUUACUUCCUCAACUGGAUUCAAGCGAACGCGGUUUGA